AUGACGAACCAUCAAAGCCCGUCAUACGAGAUUUUGAACUUGACGUCAUCAAAUCUUCCAAAUUAUGGACUGGAGCGUUUGCUCGAGUUGCCCGUUCUCGUUUUGGAAAGGAAAAAGAAUCCCAGUCUGUGGACAAUCAGUGAUGCUCAACAACAAGAGCACUUUCAAAUUCUCAAGACUCUCCUCACCAAGAGGAAGUGUCCGUGGUCUCAUCAUAACGACGAGAUUCGGAUCGUCGAUCGAGAGCAAAAUGAGUUCCUUAAAGUCCCCGUUUCGACGACGAGUCAAUACGAGAAGAACCCGGUCUCUGAGUUUGGCAACGUUGUCUAUCAAAAAGAUAAUGGCCUUAUACGAUUGGUCAAUGCAUUGGAUGGGAGUCCUCAGUUCAAAAUAGUUCAAACGAAGGGUUCCUCCUCGCACGAAGCAUUUGAGUUGAAAACGAUGGAUGAUCGAGUGAUUGGCUCAUAUGUGAAAAUCCCCCUGGAAAGGACGGGAACUCCGUGCAACUGCCGCCCCCCAUACGUCACUCAUCGAUGGAGAAUUGAAAUGCCAGCAGAGUUCGAUUUGACUCAACGUUUGCGUCUUGUGAUGGCCAUUUAUGUGCUCGAUUACAGAAGUCAUUAUCUCAGUCUCCCACAAAUGAUAUGUUGUGGUAUAAUAUUCAUUAUUGUCGUUGUGCCACUUGCCUUUUUCAAGGGGAAAUUUUAUCGCAGAUUUUUA